AUGCAGGCCGCCGCCGCCCUCCCCGAGGAGAUCCUUUGGCUCCUGGAAGAUACUGAGGAGUUCCUGGCCGAAGGAUUGCGGAAUGAGAACCUCAGUGCUGGUGCAAAGGACAACAGAGACCAUAUUCUACGGGGCUUGCAGCAAAUCAAAGCUAGGUUUAAGUAUGACCUUUUUUCCUUUCUUUUUUGUCCCUCAGGAGGAGACCAACCUGAAAAUUACCUUGGACAGGACAGCUCCGAUGAUAAUCACAGUGGAACUCAUGGCCCUUCUUUUACAUCAGAUGCACCUUUUUUGUCAGAUUAUCAGGAUGAGGGAAUGGAAGACAUCGAAAGAGGAGCUCAAGAGCUUGAUAAUAUCAUCAAGCAAGGAUACUUAGAGAAGAAAAGCAAAGAUCAUAGUUUCUUUGGAUCAGAGUGGCAGAAGCGAUGGUGUGUUGUCAGCAGAGGCCUCUUCUACUACUAUGCUAAUGAGAAAAGCAAGCAGCCCAAAGGGAUCUUCCUCAUUAAGGGCUACAGUGUACGGAUGGCCCCCUACCUGCGAAAAGAUUCCAAGAAAGAAUCCUGCUUUGAGCUGACCUCCCAGGAUAGGCGCAGCUAUGAGUUUACAGCUUCUAGUCCAGCUGAAGCCAGAGACUGGGUGGAUCAAAUAGGUUUCUUGUUAAAGGACCUGAGCUCCUUAACCAUUCCAUAUGAAGAGGAGGAAGAGGAGGAGGAAGAAGAGGAGAAAGAGGAAGAAGAGAUGUACGAUGAUAUCGAUGGUUUUGACUCCUCAAAUUCUGGUUCCCAAAGCAGACCCAUUAUCUUGCCUGGGAGCGUGGGGCUCAAAGAACCGAUGGGGGAGAAAGAAGAAGAUAUUUAUGAAAUCUUACCAGAUGAAGAGCAUGAUCUAGAAGAGGAUGAGAGUGGCACUAAACAAAAAGGAGUGGACUAUGCCAGUUAUUACCAGGGCCUAUGGGAUUGCCAUGGUGACCAGUCAGAUGAACUGUCCUUCCAACGAGGUGACCUCAUCCGAAUUCUGAGCAAGGAAUAUAGUAUGUAUGGCUGGUGGGUCGGAGAACUGAACAGCCUCAUUGGGAUUGUUCCAAAGGAGUAUCUCACCACUGCCUUUGAAGUGGAAGAAAGAUGA